GGCAGCCGCGGAGCCAGUGGGAGGCAGGCAGGCCCGCGCUGGGCGGGCGGGGGUCGGGUGGGGGAGGACGUUGUCUCUGGCCGGAGUGCAUGGGAAGGUUUCACAAAGAAGGUGUUUUCUAAGCCAGGCGGCCCCGAGUUGAGUAGAAGGAAGGGCUUUCACUGGGGGAAGAGGAUUGUCUCCUGUACCUGGUUUUGCCCAUUUUGUGCCUUGACCACUUGCUUCUCCACAGCUGCCCUCCUCCACAAGGCCUACCAUGGAGGCCGCCUGACCAUCCGCCUCGCCCUGGGCGGCUGUACCAACCGGCCGUUCUACCGCAUCGUGGCUGCUCACAACAAGUUCCCCAGGGAUGGCCGCUUCGUGGAGCAGCUGGGCUCCUACGACCCGCUGCCCAACACCCAUGGAGAGAAGCUCGUGGCGCUCAACCUGGAGCGGAUCCGGCAUUGGCUCGGCUGCGGCGCCCACCUCUCCCAGCCCGUGGAGAAGCUUCUGGGCCUUGCUGGUUUUUUCCCUCUGCAUCCCAUGGUAAUCACAAAUGCUGAGAGGCUUCGGCGGAAACGGGCGCGUGAAAUCCUCUUAGCAGCUCAGAAAACAGAGACAGAGGCUACAGAAACAGAAGCAAGCUGACCUCAGUGAGCACAGCAGCAAGAACAAGGUCAAAGUCCUCUUCAGACACUCGUGCAGAGUUCUCUUACUAGACUUAGAGUCAAUAAAUGGCGUUUUCCAUGUC